UCCACGUUUCUCGCACUAAAGAUGGAGGACGAGGUGGGGCUUGACGGUAGAUCGGUCCGAUCUCCGUCGGAAAUCCCCCUGAUUCAGUUAUCUUUCGAUCAGAGUGCCCUCGCGACACGAGUAGAAUGGACGUGCGGGGGUCGCGUACUGCAUUAUCGAUUGUUCGCUUUUCAUUCAACCAUGAGGGUUUAGAUGUUCUAGCAAGCGUUUUGUCACCCACCAUGUCUUCACAGCCAUCGAUCGUGUCUGUAUCAUUCGAACAGCAUGCCUCCGGAGUAGGCAUCGAAGUCUCGAACCCCCGCAUUUCCUGGAGGUUUGCGGCAACCAACGACACGAUCGCCAAUUGGGAGCAAACGGCAUACACACUCGAAGUUUCUCGCAAGUCAGGCUCCCCAGAAUCAUAUCACGUCCGGUCAUCCGAAUCCGUCCUUGUUCCCUGGCCUAGCCAUCCCCUCCGGUCUCGGGAAGCCGCCCAAGUUCGUAUCCGCGCACACGGUGGCUCAAGUGCCGAGCCAACAGAAUGGUCCGAAUGGACAACUGUCGAGUGUGGCCUGUUGAACCGGGAAGAUUGGACGGCAAAGGCAAUCACGAGCAUGGUCAAGCAAGCAGAAGGUCCCCUCCGACCUCACCGUUUCCGAAAAACUUUCACCCUAUCUGCAGCAGCUAUAAAGCAGGCACGCCUCUAUAUCACCAGUCUCGGCGUGUUCCAGGCGUAUAUCAACGGCUUCCCCGUGGGGGAUCAUUGUAUGGCGCCGGGAUGGACGAGCUAUAAGCAUCGAUUGAAUUAUGAAACUUUUGACGUCUCACCGCUGCUCAUAACAAACGGGCCAAAUGCCAUUGCAGUGGAGCUUGCAGAGGGAUGGUAUGCUACACGACUGGGGUUCCACGGUGGUCGACGGUUCCUUUACGGCGAUGAGAUGGCACUACUUGCACAGCUCGAGAUUUAUUCGGGAACGGAAAAGCAGACUAUCGUGACUGAUUCCACAUGGAAGUCCCAUGAGUCUGCUUUGAUCACCAGUGAGAUCUACGAUGGCGAGGUGUACGAUGCCCGCGAAGAACAAGAAGGCUGGAAGCACAGCUCCUUUGCUGAAGAGUCCUGGGAUGCGUCGCGCGAGACCGAAUUCCCUCAAGCGGAACUUGUAUCCCCCAACGCACCGCCCGUGCGAGUAACCGAGAUCGUCAAGCCAGUCAAAAUUAUCACGACACCUUCGGGAAAGACGAUCGUCGACUUUGGCCAAAACCUAGUUGGGCGUAUCCGUAUCCCAUCACUUAUCAAACCAGCCAACCAUACCUUAACCCUCAUCCACGCCGAAGUCCUCGAAGAUCAAGAAUUAGGCAUUCGCCCUCUCCGCGUAGCCAAAUGUACCGACACGAUCAUUUCUGCAGGCACGGAGAUCCGAGACUGGACUCCACGCUUUACAUUUCAUGGCUUCCGCUACGUUCAAAUCGACGGAUGGAGUCCCCAGGAGAGCACCAACCCUCUCACCCUCGACAGUCUAACCGCCGAAGUCAUGCACACGGAUCUCAAACGCACGGGCUGGUUCAACUGUUCGCACCCAAUGAUUAACCAGCUGCACGAGAACGCCACCUGGAGUAUGCGCGGCAAUUUCCUCUCCAUCCCAACAGACUGUCCCCAGCGAGACGAGCGCCUCGGCUGGACGGGCGAUAUCCAAGUCUUUGCUCCAUCGGCAAGUUUCCUCUAUAACACGGCAGGUAUGCUAGGUGACUGGCUUAAAGACCUGUCAGCGGAGCAGCUCGUCUCACCAAAUGCCAUCCCACCUUUUGUCAUACCAAAUGUUAUCUCCGAGGAGCUCUGGCCGGUCUUCCCGCAAGCUAUCUGGGACGACGUUACCGUCCUGCUACCCUGGACUCUAUACCAAAACUACGGAGACACCGAUAUCCUGCGCCGUCAAUAUCCCAGCAUGACAGCCUGGAUCGACCGCGGCGUGCAGCGCGGACCAGACCGACUCUGGGACCAUACCCUCUUCCAACUCGGUGACUGGCUGGAUCCAACCGCACCACCCGAUCAACCAGGAAACGCCCGUACGGACGGCACCCUCGUCGCAGACGCCUACCUCGUGCACGUCACAAAAGUACUCUCCUCCAUCGCAAGCAUCCUAGAAAAAGCCGCCGACGCAACCCGCUACGAAACAGACUACCUCACUCUCAAGAAACGCUUCCAAAGAAAAUACAUCUCACCCGAGGGCUACCUAGUCGGCGACACCCAAACAGCCCUGAGUCUCGCCCUAGUCUUCGACCUCCUCGAUACCCCAACACAAAUCAGCAACGCCGGCGCCCGUCUCGCCCGUCUCGUCCGCCGCGCCCAAUUCCAAGUCUCAACCGGCUUCGCGGGAACACCGAUUAUCACGCACGCACUUACAAAAGCCGGUUAUACCCAGCUAGCAUACCGCAUGGUUCAGGAAAAGACCUGUCCAUCGUGGAUGUAUCCCAUCACCAUGGGUGCAACGACAAUCUGGGAACGAUGGGAUAGCAUGCGUCCCGACGGCAGUGUAAAUCCCGGUGAAAUGACGAGCUUCAAUCACUACGCGCUCGGCUCGAUAAUUAACUGGUUGCAUAAGUGCGUUGCGGGCGUGAGUCCGUUGGAUCCGGGGUGGAGGCGGGUUUUGGUGAAACCUAUUCCCGGGGGCACGGUGACUCAGGCCGAGGCAAUUUAUGAGACCGUUUAUGGAAGGUUGGAGUGUUCGUGGGAGGUUAAAGGGGGACGGUUCAAGAUGGAGGUUGUUGUUCCGCCGAAUUCAUGGACGCGUGUUAUUGUUCCUGGUGAGGGUGAUGGGGAAGGACGGUGGGUUGGGUCGGGGCGGUAUACUUUUGAGUCGAGGUUUGAUAGUCAGGUUGAUUGGCCGCCGAAGGCGUUGGGGCCGCCUAUGUUUGCGUUUGAGGAUACUUUUGUCUAGUGGGUAUGUGGAGGUUGGUGUUAGAUGCUUGAUGAAGUCUUAAAGCUUUAGAAUGAUGCGCUUCUUAGCAGAGAACUUCGAUAGGCAAUCAACUUUGUAUCCGGUAAACUCGAUUGAAUAGCCUACAACCGCUGCAAUCCCCUUAGAAAAGAAUGUAUAAAUCAUCACAUCGUAUCAGGAUCCAAACCCAGAACAAUCUCACUGACGCUAGGUAUGUCCAUUCUCGGACGUAUUAGAGCCACUCUCCGGUGUAAUCGCAAUAUCAGUCUGAACCUUGAUAUUCAACGGAUGCAAAUCAUCACCCAAAAACCGACCAUGACCCAUCUUCGCCCCCAUACGCUCAAUUUGCGCUCCGUACGUACCCGCUUCCAUCUUCAUAUACUCCAAAUCCGGCGAGCGCGGACUCGACUUGGAGAGGAAAUUGGAGUUGCUCAAGUCAGUGUUGAUAUAGUACGGGCGAUCACUUCGAUUCGAUCGAUUCUUCAGCUUGAGGGCCGGGAAGAGACCACGGAUAAUCGGCAGACAGGAACAGAUCAAGCCUACGGAGGGCUCAACGUGUGUCCAGAGGGUGGCUUGGUAGACAGUGUACGUAGGGUCGGACGGACUGAUCCAAAAGAGCACGACGAUGCGGUAGAUGCUCGCAAAGCAGACAAAGGCACCCAGCGCAAAAACACCGUUCAGCGCGAGCUUGUCUUGCCAAGCACGGUGUAGAUUCCAGAUCAUGGGAACUGGGAGGACGAGAAUGACAAAGUCCAUGAGUACGUUGAAGGCUUGGUUGACGAUGAAGAAGAGGUUUGCGUCGAAGCAUUGGCCCUCGACGCUGUGGUCCCAGUAUGCGCGCAGUGGGCGGCAUUGGCCUGCGCACGCGAGGAAGAUGGCCGUCCCCCAUGCGCCGAUGAGACAGUUUAGACCGAAGGUGAAGGUUUGGAAGCGUGGGGUUGUGAAGACGCGGCGGUAGAAGCAGAUAAUGGAGAUUUUGAUGGCGGGGCAGAGGAGGAAAUAGGUGAAUUGGUUGGCGAGGAAGAUCUACAA